AAAAAAAAUUCAACAAACUUUCUAAUAUCUUUCUCUCUCUUAAUAACAUUUUUCUCUCUCUAGAUCAACAAUAAACAAGGAAUGCAAUCUGAAUCAGUUGAAACGACGACGUUUGAUAUAAUUUCAUCAGCUAUUAAACAGAAAAUUAUAGAUACAGAAAACGUAUCUAACACCGCCGGAGGAAAUUCAACCAUGCCGUCUGUAUUUGAGAUGCUUCUAGAGAACCGUGAGCUGCUGCUGAUAGUUACUACUUCCGUUGCCGUUUUGGUAGGCUGUUAUGUCGUUUUGAUGUGGAAGAGAUCUUCCGACGAGAAAAAAUCCGGCGGCAAGGAUUUUCAGCCGCCGAAGAUCGCCGUUCCGAAGAGAGAAGUUGAAGAAGAUGUUGAUGACGGUAAGAAGAAGGUUACUAUUUUCUUCGGAACUCAAACCGGAACAGCUGAAGGUUUCGCUAAGGCACUUUUUGAAGAAGCUAAAGCGAGAUAUGAAAAGGCGGUGUUUAAAGUGGUUGAUAUGGAUGAUUAUGCUGCUGAUGAUGAAGAGUAUGCAGAGAAACUAAAGAAGGAGACAUAUGCUUUCUUCUUUUUGGCUACAUAUGGAGAUGGUGAGCCGACUGAUAAUGCUGCUAGAUUUUAUAAAUGGUUUAGUGAGGGGGAUGACAAAGGAGUUUGGCUUGAAAAACUUCAAUAUGGUGUAUUUGGUUUGGGUAACAGACAGUAUGAGCAUUUCAACAAGAUUGCUAUAGUGGUCGAUGAGGGUCUCACGGCGCAAGGUGCAAAGCGCAUUGUUCCAGUUGGCCUAGGAGAUGAUGAUCAGUCAAUUGAAGAUGAUUUUACUGCAUGGAAAGAGACAGUGUGGCCUGAAUUGGAUCUAUUGCUUCGUGAUGAGGAUGACAAAGCCGCUGCUACACCUUACACAGCUGCCAUUCCAGAAUACCGAGUUGUGUUCCAUGACAAACCUGGUGCAUCUGUUGAUGAUCAUAUUCAAACAAAUGGUCAUGCUGUUCAUGAUGCUCAACAUCCAGUCAGGUCUAAUGUGGCUGUCAAAAAGGAGCUCCAUACCCCUGAAUCUGAUCGCUCUUGCACUCACCUUGAAUUUGAUAUUUCUAACACUGGACUGUCAUAUGAAACUGGGGAUCAUGUUGGUGUCUACUGUGAAAACCUAAUUGAAGUCGUGGAGGAAGCUGAGAGAUUAAUUGGAUUACCGGCAGAUACUUAUUUCUCCUUACACACGGAUGAUGAGGAUGGAACACAACUUGGUGGAUCGUUACAGCCUCCUUUCCCUCCAUGCACUCUAAGAAAAGCAUUGACUAGUUAUGCAGAUGUGUUGACUUCUCCCAAAAAGUCAGCUUUGCUUGCUCUAGCUGCUCAUGCUUCUGAUCCUACUGAAGCUGAGCGACUCAACUUUCUUGCAUCUCGUGAUGGCAAGGAUGAGUAUGCUCAAUGGAUUGUUGCAAGCCAAAGAAGCCUUCUUGAGGUCAUGGAAGCUUUUCCAUCAGCUAGGCCUCCACUUGGGGUUUUCUUUGCAGCUGUUGCCUCACGCUUACAGCCUCGAUACUAUUCUAUUUCUUCCUCCCCGAAGAUGGCACCAAACAGGAUUCAUGUUACUUGUGCAUUAGUUUAUGAGAAAACACCAGCAGGUCGUAUCCACAAAGGAAUCUGUUCAACCUGGAUGAAGAAUGCUGUGCCAAUGGAGGAAAGUCAAGAUUCUAGUUGGGCACCCAUUUUUGUUAGAACAUCUAACUUUAGACUACCUGCUGACCCUACAGUCCCUGUUAUCAUGAUUGGCCCUGGAACCGGAUUGGCUCCUUUCAGGGGUUUUCUUCAAGAGAGAUUAGCUCUGAAGGAAGCCGGAACUGAACUCGGGAAAUCCAUUUUCUUCUUUGGAUGUAGAAAUCGCAAAGUUGAUUUCAUAUAUGAGAGUGAAUUGAACAACUUUGUUGAGAGUGGAGCUCUUUCGGAGCUUGAUGUUGCUUUCUCCCGUGAAGGCCCCACUAAGGAAUAUGUGCAACAUAAAAUCACCCAGAAGGCUUCAGAUAUCUGGAACAUGCUUUCGGAGGGAGCGUAUUUGUAUGUAUGUGGUGAUGCUAAAGGCAUGGCUAAAGAUGUACAUCGCACUCUUCAUACCAUUAUACAGGAACAGGGAUCUUUAGACUCUUCUAAGGCGGAGCUUUAUGUCAAGAAUCUACAAAUGUCAGGAAGAUACCUUCGUGAUGUUUGGUAAUCCCUUGAAGACAACCGAUAAAAAACGUGGAAAAAAACAAAAACAAGAAAAGAUAAAUAAAUUAGAUUUUGUUGAGGAUAUCUACUUGAAAUUAAACAAGUUGGUGAUAAAAUAUAUUUUGAUCUCUCAUUUUACAUUUACAGUGAUUCGAAUUCUUUUACUACAUAAUUUUUUGGUUCUUGUAAUUUUUAAAGCUAUAAUACACAGCUAUGUAUUUCCAUUAAUGUA